GAUAAAGUAUGUGCAUCACUUAUAUCUUACCAGUUAUAGAUAUUGUUUUCCCCUAUGAAUGUGUGAUAGUCAUGGUAUAGGCGAAAUUGAAAGUAAAACAAUGGUGUAUUGUUAAAAAUUAUUGCGCAGUGUUGCGAUCUCGCGAAUUCACGUGUGGACUCCGGUGACACAGGUGCUCGAAAUAAAUGGGACAGAAUUUGUGAAAAUGGCUAUCGACUUACGGGACAGGACUGUCCUGUUGUUAGCACUGUGGAUAAAUUCGUGCGUCUUUGGAUAUAAUAUUGACACUAACAUUCCUGUGAUAAAGAAGGGAAUAAGUGGCAGUUAUUUUGGAUUCUCCGUAGCAGAACACAUAAAUGAUGACUAUUUAAUACUGGUCGGAGCACCUUUAUUUAACAGUACGAGUGAAGGUACGACUGUUCAGACUGGAGGUGUGUUCAAGUGUAAUGCCAGGUCUAUGGACCCUGAUGAUUGUCAGUACAUAGAAGAUAUAGAAACCAGUAUAAGUAAUGAUGGCCAGAGGGCUGGACAGUGGAUGGGGUCCACCAUCAGUAGUACAACACAACCGGGAAAACGUGUACUGGUGUGUGCUCACAGAUAUACAACAAAUUAUGUGGGCAUAGGAACGUGUGUGACAUUGAACUCUGACCUUUCUGCCGACAAUGAGAGACGACCUUGCCGUGAUGAUGGGCUAGAGAAUGAAGGUUUAGCGUAUUGUCAAGCUGGAACAUCAGGUGUCAUGAUGAAUGACGAGCGUGUCUUACUGGGAGCUCCAGGAGCUGUUGAUUGGACAGGUGGCUUGUGGACACAGUACACCGGAGACAAUAUCCGAGAGGACCUUUCAUGGUUCAGAUCACCGAUCUAUCUUAAGGAGGACACUCGCAAGCCACGCCCGAUUGACCUCACAUCUUACAUGGGAUUCUCUGUAACAUACGGAAGAUUUGACCCCAAUGGAGUGACCUUUGUGGGCGGGGCCCCACGAUCCGUCUCCAAGGGUCAAGUAGUUCUAUUUGUGAAAGAUAACAAGGGAUUGACAUACAGGGACAACCAGAUUCUAACUGGAGAGGAACCGUUUUCUGCCUUCGGCUACUCCUUGACAGCCAUCGACGUCAAUGAUGAUUCAUUUGAUGAUCUCAUCGUUGGUAGUCCUAUGUAUCUCGAGAAGGACCAAAGUAUUGGUGGCGCCAUCUACAUUUACAUGGGAAGCGACUCUGAAAUGAUUACCAAAGAUUCCGUGCCAAUUAAGAUUACAAGUCGUAAGAUGAGUGAAAGUGACUGUUUGAAAUUCAUGUGUAAGGAUGCUAGGUUUGGACACACACUGGCGAAGGCAGGGGACGUCAACCUUGACGGUUAUCAAGAUCUGGUGGUCGGAGCUCCGUAUGAGGGUGUUGAUAAGGGAGCUAUCUACAUCUUCCAUGGCUCUGCUGACGGUCUGAAGGAAACCUACGCUCAGAGAAUCUAUGCCUCGGACAUCGUCACCAGUCCACCACUCAGAGCAUUUGGACACGCAAUCUCUGGUGGUAUGGACAUGGAUGGAAAUGGGUAUGAUGACAUCGCUGUUGGCUCCUACGAAUCUGGACAGGCCAUUCUCCUACGGACACGACCAAUCGUUCACUUGACUUCUGCUAUCUCUGUUCAACCUAACAAAUUCAACAUUUCUGAGACAGCUUUGUGUUUUAAUGGAGUGAAAAAACGCUGUGUUGUUAUGACAUUCAUUCUGUCGUACACCAUCGAACCCGUCAGAAGUGUACCACUUCAGGUUAUCUAUACCAUUGAAGCUGAUACAGGAAAACAGAGAAAACGUGUGGAGUUUGAUAAUCCCACCCCAGGCAUGAACGGUCAGAUUGAGAAAACUGUGACCCUACCAAUAGUGAACAGGAAUGUGGAAGUCAAACAUAUCAUUUAUCUUAAGGACAAUUUCCAGGACAAACUCCACCCAGUUCAGUUCAAGGCCACCUAUAGACUCCCCGACGAGAACUGGCCCACACGCCGUAAACGACAGGCCAGCUUUCCUGACAUAAAUAACUUUCCUGUUCUCGUCAUGACUGGUGGGACAGACGCCACAGAUAUAACACUUAAUACACAGAUAGCAUUCGCCAAGGAGUGUGGCAGCAACGAUAUUUGUGAGAGCAGUUUGUCUCUGAUGGCGGAGGUCAAACUGGCAGAUGUAGAUCAGCAGACUGGUUACAAGGUGAUGACUGAUAUCGGAUCAGACCUGACUAUUAAGUUCACAGUAACUAAUAAAAUGGAGCCGGCAUAUGAGACAAUGUUCUAUAUUGUUGUUCCAAAAGAGUUUGAAUACAAAAAUUCCAAGGCUUUGAACUCUGAUUCCUUCUUGCCAGAGUGUUCUGUGUACAAUGCCACUCUGAUGACUUGUGGAGGACUUGGAAAUCCGCUGUUCAAGACUGUUGUCAGGGAAUUUACAAUCACUUUUAAUACUGCAGGUCUCGACCCCAAAACAAACUUCUUUUCCAUAAAAGCUUUUGUGAAUACGACGAGUUCGGAACAGACACCUAAUGAAGAUGUGAAGAACUUGAUGGUGAAGGUUGUGUCGAAGACAAACAUGGUUGUAUACGGGUCAGCCAAACCAGAUGCGGAUGUGGUGUUUAGUGGAGAGGUGCGAGGGGAAAGUGCCAUCAGUAGGGCAGCUCAGAUUGGUCCUUCUAUCAACCAUACUUAUGUGGUUUUGAAUGAUGGUAACAGUACAGUAGGCCAGGCAGAGUUACAAAUUGAUUGGCCAUAUGAGAUGAAACCCUUGCUACCUGGACACAGUGGCAAGCACCUGCUUUACCUAAUCGACAUCCAGACGGAGUAUGGUGAUAUUGACUGUAGCCGCAUGGACCCAUCAAUAUUCAACCCACUGAAUGUAGAUCUGAACCCGGAAGUCCAGUUGACAGGUACAGAUCUCGAGUCUUCUGGUGACACAGACCUCGAGUCUGAAAAUGUCACACAAACUAAUGUAACAAAUGAGGAUGGUUAUACAACUGUUGGUCAGCGGCGUAGACGACAAGCAGAGACAAAUGUUGAUGAAGAAGAAAAAGAAGGAAAGAAUGACGACUCCAGAGUACGGCUUGCAGAACAGAGGGAAAAAAUGGAAAAAGUAGUGGUUUUGAGCUGUGAACAAGAAAAUGUACAAUGCUCCCGUUUGACGUGCAUGAUUUAUCGUCUGGGUCCAUCAGACUCUGCCAGUGUCAAGGUCGUUGCUCGGUUGUGGGAAAGCACACUACUGGAGGAUUACCCAGCCGUCGACAUGGUCAAAAUACAAUCUAAAGGUCAAGUUAAAACUUGACCCCGCCCUUAAUAUAGAACAACCCAAUUUAGAGGAUGACAUAGCUUUUGCAACUACAUACACCAUUCCUGAUGUGGCAACUCGACCAGCAAAGGAUGUGGCUUGGUGGAUCAUUCUCGUGGCCGUACUAGGUGGCAUCGUCCUACUGGUGGUGUUAAUUCUACUACUGUGUCUGUGUGGCUUCUUCAAGAGAAUCCGACCUACCAAAGAAGAGGGAUAUGAACCAACGUAUCGAGGAGAGAUUAUUUCUGGUAUUGAGAAAAAUGGAGAAUUUAAAUAAAUAUUUAAGACGACCAUCUAAGAUGAAUGACAGAUGAAAUAUACCACAUUCCACGAACUUAAAAGUGAAAGUCGCUCAGGAAGGAUCCAGAUGGUAGAACAAUGGAGGGACUGGUAGGCCAUCCGGAACAUCGGAGUUUAUCACACUGGAGGCCAUCCGGAACAUUGAAGUUUAUCACACUGGAGGCCAUCCGGAACAUCGGAGUUUAUCACACUGGAGGCCAUCCCAAACAUUGAAGUUUAUCACACUGGAGGCCAUCCGGAACAUUGAAGUUUAUCACACUGGAGGCCAUCCGGAACAUCGGAGUUUAUCACAAAUUUGUCCUUCCAAACAGAUUGUGUAAAGUAUAAUACAGACAUAGUUUGGCACUGUGUAAAGUAUAAUACAGACAUAGCUUGGCACUGUGUAAAGUAUAAUACAAACAUAGUUUGGCACUGUGUAAAGUAUAAUACAGACAUAGUUUGGCACUGUGUAAAGUAUAAUACAAACAUAGUUUAGCACUGUGUAAAGUAUAAUACAGACAUAGCUUGGCACUGUGUAAAGUAUAAUACAGACAUAGCUUGGCACUGUGUAAAGUAUAAUACUGACAUAGUUUGGCACUGUGUAAAGUAUAAUACAAACAUAGUUUAGCACUGUGUAAAGUAUUAUACAAACAUAGCUUGGCACUGUGUAAAGUAUAAUACAGACAUAGUUUGGCACUGUGUAAAGUAUAAUACAGACAUAGCUUGGCACUGUGUAAAGUAUAAUACAGACAUAGUUUGGCACUGUGUAAAGUAUAAUACAGACAUAGCUUGGCACUGUGUAAAGUAUAAUACAGACAUAGCUUGGCACUGUGUAAAGUAUAAUACAAACAUAGUUUGGCACUGUGUAAAGUAUUAUACAGACAUAGUUUGGCACUGUGUAAAGUAUUAUACAAACAUAGUUUGGCACUGUGUAAAGUAUAAUACAGACAUAGUUUGGCACUGUGUAAAGUAUAAUACAGACAUAGCUUGGCACUGUGUAAAGUAUAAUACAGACAUAGCUUGGCACUGUGUAAAGUAUAAUACAGACAUAGUUUGGCACUGUAAAGUAUAAUACAGACAUAGCUUGGCACUGUGUAAAGUAUUAUACAAACAUAGUUUGGCACUGUGUUAAGUAUUAUACAAACAUAGCUUGGCACUGUGUAAAGUAUAAUACAGACAUAGUUUGGCACUGUGUAAAGUAUAAUACAGACAUAGCUUGGCACUGUGUAAAGUAUAAUACAGACAUAGUUUGGCACUGUGUAAAGUAUAAUACAGACAUAGUUUGGCACUGUGUAAAGUAUAAUACUGACAUAGCUUGGCACUGUGUAAAGUAUAAUACAGACAUAGUUUGGCACUGUGUAAAGUAUAAUACAGACAUAGUUUGGCACUGUGUAAAGUAUAAUACAGACAUAGUUUGGCACUGUGUAAAGUAUAAUACAGACAUAGCUUGGCACUGUGUAAAGUAUAAUACAGACAUAGCUUGGCACUGUGUAAAGUAUAAUACAGACAUAGCUUGGCACUGUGUAAAGUAUAAUACAGGCAUAGCUUGGCACUGUGUAAAGUAUAAUACAGACAUAGCUUGGCACUGUGUAAAGUAUAAUACAGACAUAGUUUGGCACUGUGUAAAGUAUAAUACAAACAUAGCUUGGCACUGUGUAAAGUAUAAUACAGACAUAGUUUGGCACUGUGUAAAGUAUAAUACUGACAUAGCUUGGCACUGUGUAAAGUAUAAUACAGACAUAGCUUGGCACUGUGUAAAGUAUAAUACAGACAUAGCUUGGCACUGUGUAAAGUAUAAUACAGACAUAGUUUGGCACUGUGUAAAGUAUAAUACAGACAUAGCUUGGCACUGUGUAAAGUAUAAUACAGACAUAGCUUGGCACUGUGUAAAGUAUAAUACAGACAUAGUUUGGCACUGUGUAAAGUAUAAUACAGACUAGCUUGGCACUGUGUAAAGUAUAAUACAGACAUAGUUUGGCACUGUGUAAAGUAUAAUACUGACAUAGCUUGGCACUGUGUAAAGUAUAAUACAGACAUAGUUUGGCACUGUGUAAAGUAUUAUACAAACAUAGCUUGGCACUGUGUAAAGUAUAAUACAAACAUAGCUUGGCACUGUGUAAAGUAUAAUACAGACAUAGUUUGGCACUGUGUAAAGUAUAAUACUGACAUAGCUUGGCACUGUGUAAAGUAUAAUACAGACAUAGCUUGGCACUGUGUAAAGUAUAAUACAGACAUAGCUUGGCACUGUGUAAAGUAUAAUACAGACAUAGUUUAGCACUGUGUAAAGUAUAAUACAGACAUAGCUUGGCACUGUGUAAAGUAUAAUACAGACAUAGCUUGGCACUGUGUAAAGUAUAAUACAGACAUAGCUUGGCACUGUGUAAAGUAUAAUACAGACAUAGCUUGGCACUGUGUAAAGUAUAAUACAGACAUAGCUUGGCACUGUGUAAAGUAUAAUACAGACAUAGCUUGGCACUGUGUAAAGUAUAAUACAGACAUAGCUUGGCACUGUGUAAAGUAUAAUACAGACAUAGUUUAGCACUGUGUAAAGUAUUAUACAAACAUAGUUUGUGUGCCAUAUGAAACAAAUUCCACCAGAAGGAAAAUCUAAGGAAAUUGAUAUUUUCCUUUUAAUAUUUUACAACACAAGAUAGAUAAUUAAUACAAGUACCAAAAUGAUAAUCAGUUUACAUCUAAAUAAUAUUUUUGUUAAAUACUUUUUUUUUUACAAAUGUUGUUGACGAUCUCAUAAUUUAUAAGAGGGGUUAUCUGAGUGAGAAUCGCUUACUUGAAGCCAUGAGAGGUGUUAUCAUGAAAACAACAGGGCUGAAAACAAAUGUGAAAAGUUAUUAAAACGUUUCAAUGGAACAGAAAACAUAGCAUAUAGAAACUAUCCCAGUAAGUGCUUUACCUGGCUUUGCUUUUGUGUGGUAUUUUUCACAUAUUUAUAAAAGAAGGUACAAUUUUGCAAAGUGUUAAAAAUGCAGUCUAUAAAAUUGCCAGUUUCCCCAUUGUCUUGAUUGUUCUGCGGAUGUAUCCAAAGCAUAAAUUCAAGGCAGGCAUGUUUUUUAUCAGAACUGUACACAAGUUUUUACCUAUUUUAACUUUCUGCUUUUCUCACAUUCUUGAUAAACAUUGAAUAUUUCUGAUGUGCUUUAGAAAUUUGGUAUUUAUAAAUUGCCAAGCCUGCAGGUGAUUUAAUACUGAGUGUGAGAAUCGAAGCAGAAUUGAUCAAAAAAUGAUUUCCAUUCUCUUGAAAAUAUUCUGGAUCACUUAUAGUGUUCAAAACACAGCUUUGAUAAUUACGACAUAUCACAUGAUAUUGACUUAGGGAUAGAUAUGGUUUAACAAGACGAACUUCAUUAUGGAAUCUGGUCAAUCUGACAUUUAUCAAGCUCAAAGCUUUCUGAAAUUCUUAGAUAUUUCUCAAACAACAUAAAUUGAUCUGAUGACGAUCUGUUACAGAGAUUGACGGACAUCUUACCACAAAAAGAUGCGAGUCUUAUUACAAUUCACUGUUCAAAAUAAACCUACAGACAAUUCUAAUGCUAAAGUGAUGUCAGCUGUUAUAAACAUUCACAUGAUUAUGAUUUGUAGAAAGAUUAAGUUACAAUUCCAGUCCAGUGAAUACAGAAUUGUUUAUUGUGUUUUGUAGUUGUUAGGUUGUAGUGAGGAGGUAAAUUGUACAAAAUUAUCAGUAAUUGAGCAGAAUUAUUCACAAUCAAUAUAAACAUGUCAUUAUAUACCAUAGUUUUGCUGUGAUAAGCCCAGAAGUCUUAAGUAUUAGAAAUCGGGUAUGUAGAUCCUAGAUGCAUGUUUCACACAAUUAUGAAAUUGGUCACAAUUUCUGUACAGAUUUUAUUUCUUAUGUGAUUUUUUGUCAAAUUCAGAAGCCCUCGAGUAUUUUCAAUUAUUUUUUUUUUCAAUUUCGAGUAUAAAAUGAGAUGAGAAAUUGCUACCUUGAAGGCAAAAAAUUAAAGAGAAGUCUGUAGUUUAUUUCACAAUUUCUACAGGAAAAAAAAUCUUUUUGCUUCAAAUUUUUCAUAAAACUGAAAAGUUCCAACCAUAGAAAAAAUACCUUUACAACUUGAGAUAUGAUCUACUAAGGAUGCUACUCGUUAAUUGGGAGUGGAGGUUGAAAUAAGAGGGCUUUAAGCAGGAAUUGAGAUAUAUGGUAUUUUCUAAUGAAGGAUGCAGGACUAAUCUUUGAUUGAUCAUAAUUGACAUAUUAAUUUCUAAUCUGUGAUAUGUAGAAAGUUAUAUUUUGCUCUAUAAUGAUAUCUGUAGAAAAAUGCCAAAAUGUGUUGUAUUCAGUAUGGUUUUAAUACUAGCUUUUUAAAAAGGCUUACUAAUGUCAAUUGACAUUGAAUUGUACUUCAGUUUUGUGUUUGCUUUGUGUAUUGGAAGGUUUCAAUAUAGAAAUAUAAACAUUUAGAGACUUAUUACCCGGUAUUUAUUAAAGUCUUGAAUUUUUUUUGUCAAAUGUCAGUUAAGAAUUUUUGAAGUGAACUUGAUAUUUAAGCUAUAGAGAUAUAUGCAUACUGGUAUGCUAAAUCAGAUUUUGAUUGAAACUGAAAAUUAAAUUAAUGAUAUUCAAAUUUUGAUUUAUAUUGAUAUAAAAAAAUAAUGAUAUAGUAAAGUAUGUACUGGACAUAUGACAUUUUUCUGAUUUUUGAUGCAACAUGGCCUAAUUAGGGUUUUUUAUGUAAAUUUUAAUAUGUGAUUCAUCUGUUUACACAUAGGACAGAUGAUCAUAACCCUGAAAUAAUUAUCUAUAUUAGGCUUGUAAUAUUUACUUCCUUGAAAAACUUUUUAUUGAUAUUACGGCGUGUAUUUUCAAAAAUUAUCAGAAAAAAAUAACAUUUUAGUACACAGAUCAUUCUACAUUCGUUGUCUGUAAACAAAUAUUUGUCAGAAACAAUUUUCAUUCAGUAAGUAAACAAAUUUUCUGUGAAGUAUUUUUUAUUUUCAUUUAGAUGUUCUGAUGAACACUAUUGAAGGACAGUAUAGAGGUAUAUGCUUUAAAUAGUAAUAAUUUAUAGGCGUGAACUAUAACAAAUUGUAGUGUAUAUGUACAUAGUCAUAUAAGUGUUUUAAAAGUUCAGUGGAACAUUUCAUUACAAUAAUAAAUAGAUAUAUUGUAUGCUUAAUGAUUUCGUAUGAUUUCCAAUUUUAAUCCCGAAAAAAAGAAAGGAAAAAAAAAAUAUGAUUAUAUUCGUUUCCAGAUUUGGUCUCUGAUGUUCUAGAAUGUUACUUCGAGGUUUGAUUUUUUUUGUAUUCCGUUUUCAAGUUUUGCAAAUUUUCCAGUAGAAACAAGAUUUAUGAUUUAAUAUUGAUCCAAAGGAAUAGUCAACACCCACCUUGUUUUCAUGCCAUUAAACAAACAGUGAUUUACAAAUGAUUCGCUAUCUCCGCUAUGUAAUGUUGUAUAGGACUUCACCAUUACCCGAAGUUUGUAUAUAUUAUAUAUAUAAUUCAAAACCAUUCCUAAGUCAAAUCAUUAGCAAGUGCUGUGUAUCCCCAAUUAUAUGUUUGUGUGUUUAUUAAAUUAAUUUUACAUAUUUAGAUAUUUCAUUUACUGAUUCCCAAUAGCAAUGUAUAUAUAAACUUUUUCCCUAAAUACCAUUUGAGGUGGAUUAUUACAUCAUUAGUUUCUUUUGCAAGGUGCUUCAUUUUAAUUUUAAAGAUAUAACUUUUUUGCAUGUACAUAUAUUUUACUUUUACAAAAUUAGGCUUUAUCAUAUUUUGUUUAUCAUUGUUUGUAUGAAAUAACUUGCUGACGGCUUUAUGUCAAUUCCAGUUCAGUUGUUGAGCCACUUUUUUGGGAUAAUUCCCUGAAUUCUUGACACCAUUUCACUAAUUAUGUCCUUACUUACCAUACUUUUUCCAGGAAAUACAGAUUUUUUCAAAAAUUCUCUAUCUGAGACUAAAGUAAAAUUAGCAAUACGUCUUUACUGGUAUUUAAAAUUAUUUUUGCUAUUUCAGAGAAGAAGCUUUCUUGUGUUAAUUUAAAUACAGAUUUUAUAAAGGAAUGCAUGUGAACUUAUUCUGGAAUGAUACAAUGAGUCGGCUAUCAAUUAAAAAUUCAAGAAGUUUACACACUGGUUAAUUGAUAAAUAUCUAAAUACAUUUCCAGGAAAAAUUGCGAUGGACAGUUGAUCCGAGAACCAUUUUAUACUUUGUGUCGUAUAUAAGAAACAAUUAUGAUGUUUAUCACAUUGAUAGCCCUGAAGCUUUUUACACAUAAAAGGUAAUAUAAGGGUUCUCUGUUAACUCGGGUAGUAAAAAGUGCAGUAAGUUCCAGUGUCUUCUCUCAAUAAUACAAAACUUUCCUUUAUGGUGACCUUGACAUUCCAACAGAUGUGCUGUUAAGUGGAGUUAUUGCCCUUUAAACAUCUAAAUGUGAAACUUGUUUAUAUAUAGAUAUUUACCAUUGAAUUAGCCGUGUAGUUUUAUAGAAAAAAAUAUUUUGAAACAUAGAUAGAAAAAAAGUUGUAUUAUAAAUGAUUUUUUUGCCUUUUAGGUAGCAGAUGGAACAUAUUGUAGAUAGGUGUUGUAGAUAUAUGUUGUAGAUAGGUGUAACUAUGGAAUGUGUUCCUGACAACUCCUGUGUAAUAUUGUAUGUCACUUGUUUAACUACAUCACCUGUACAGUUAUGUGGUCUUCCAGCACAUUUGAGAUGUUUUUGAUUCCCCAAGAUCAGAUUUUCCAAAAUGACCAAAAAUUGACAAUGAAUUUUAAAGAUAUGUCUGUUAGAUAAAUGUUAUUUUGACCCUUUUAAUAGAUUUCUGAGAAAGUAUUAUUUUAUUUGAUUUAAACAUACUUAUUUGCAAAAAUCAAAUGGGAUCAGACACAAUUUUAAAAAACUUAUGGUCCAUCUUCUCCCCAUAAAACAUAAAUGAUCAAAUAUGUGAUUUUUUAAAUUUACUGAGGGACAAACAUGAACUUGAAGGCUUAUGGUCCGAACAGUACAUUAGUACUGAAAUCGUAAAUAAAUCUAUAUAUAACCAGUGGGAGUGGCCAGAUUCUGACCUGAUAUUGUCAAGGUACAAAAUUUUAUCUUUGACGCUUGAACAAUAACACAGAUACUUGUUUUUAUUUGGCCUUUUUGUAUAUGAACUUAAAUGAAGGUGUUUAAAAGUAAGAAAUGUGUGAUACACUAUAUAUUUUAUUUAUAUAGCUUUUUUCUGAAAUUCAAGAAAUCCAUCUAAAUUUUGUGCUCAAGAAUUUCCUGCUUAAGUGCUAGAUCAAGAUGCUGUUCUAGCUGACCCUGGACACUUACACUGUUUGUAGUUAAUUCUCACCCACCUGGAAUAUUAGACAGGGCUAGAGUAAGUUAAUUCAGCGAGGUAGUCACCAGCUACUACAAGGUCAAACUCAAGGUGACUCUGGCUUUUCAUUGGGCGAUAAAACCAACAAAAAAAAUUAUCAUAAAGUCAACUCACUUUCACUUCAUUUCGAGUCAGAAGUUCACAUUACAUAGUAGAAAAAUUUAGCUGAGCUAAGCUAAGACAAAUUUAGUAUCCUGGUCCACUGCAUCUGGUAUUUGAUAACAUAUUUAGAUUGUCCUUUGUUUUUGUAAACACAGUUUUACUAAUUUUGUGUGUUAUUAUUGCACUGUAAAUACACUCAGCACCGCACUGUAUGUGUCCCAUGUAACCUUCUGUGUUGUCUUGGUAACCAAAUGUUCAAAGUAUUGUUAGCCUGGUGUACCAAAACAAGUACAUACAUGGUAUAUGUUGGGUAUUUGGUGUGUUAAGCUAACAAUUCCUUGCGACAUAUGUUUGUAUAGAUUUAGUGGCUGUAUAUGCUUGACUACAAGUUUAACCAAUUGUCUGAUGUUAUUGACAACACAUUCUCUAAUGGUGAGGUUUGAUUUUGGGUUUCAGGGUUUAAAUUCAGUUUGAAAACUAUUUACAUUUUUCUUUAAAAUAUUGUCAUUGACGUUGCAGGAUGCUUUUUUGAAUACCUUAUAGUGUGCUGGAUGAUAAGAAAUAGCAAAAAGUACAAUAGAAAAGCUAAGUAUCAAAAGGCUAACGGUACUUAUUCAGGUCAGUUUAAAAGUUAUCCCAAAGAGUUUUAUUACCAUUACGUUUGUGUUGGCCUUUAAUGUCCGACAUUCAGGUUAACUUAUUGUCAUUGUGUGCUGCUUUACUGAGAUAAGUCUCUCCACAGCUUUUUAGUGUGCUUUAGUUAUCCAAAUAGAUGUUAAAUGGAUUAAGUGAUUUAUUCACAUGAGUGUUCGUUUAUUUACUGCAAAGACCAUUUUCUACAAUCCCUAUCAUUAAACUAAAAAAAAAAAAAUAUAUAUAUAAUCAAAAGUUUAAAAGGUAGAAAUAGUUGUAUUUAAAUCUUAAUUUCUUUUUUUAAUAAAUAUAACAUAAUAGAAAUAUAUCAAGAUAUCAUUAGAUGAAAAGUAUGUAAAUGCGUACUUUCAUAAUUAUUGGUUCUGAAACCUGUUAUGUGUUGCCGGAUAAAAAUUAUUUUAAGGAUUAUUCAGCUCAAUGCUACCAUUAAACGUAGUGAAUAGACAGUACAGUUCGCAUUGUUUGCUUUUUGUAGCUUUUCUUGUUGUAGUGGUCAUUUGUAUAAAACGCAUCAUUCCAUUUGUAAAUAUAUAGGUCACAAAAAAUAUUACAAGUAUAGACAUUGCAUUAUAAACUUACUAUAAACUUACGCAUUUAUUUGUCAGCGAUCUUACAUUGGAGAUGUCUACUUUUCAUAUGCCAUAACGACAGAAUAUAUGUCAUUUAAUCAUUUACAAGACAUCAUCGUUGUCACAAAGUCAUAUGCCAUAACGACAGAAUAUAUGUCAUUUAAUCAUUUACAAGACAUCAUCGUUGUCACUAAGUCUUGUUCUCAUCAGCAACAUAAAACAUUUGUCAUGGGAUCAUCAAAACUAGACAUUUGUCUUGGUUUUAUCAGAAACCUCUAGACACUCGUCCAGUGAUCAUCAUCAAAGCGCAUGUGGUGUUUCCAUUCUUUGUACACAAUGUACUAAAAAGUGAUAAAUUUGUGUAUUAUGCAGAUUCUGUACUCAAUACAGACUUGAAAUUUUUUUAGCUACUUGAUAAUUUUCCUGUACUGUACGUUUGUUGUAAUUUGAACUAAAUUUUCCAUAGAACAAUUUGACUGUUAUUUCAGAGAUUUGUUUAUAGACAUGUACACGAUGAUAACUCAUUUAUGGGUGAUCUAUCUGCAUAUGGUGUCCACAGACUAUUUAUUCCAAAUCGUGCAAAUCUAUCGAUAUGUUCUUUGAGGAAAAAGAGAAGACGUAUUCAUUUUUUGUUAAAACCAUUGGCUAUCUAUAGAUUUUAAAAUCUAGGAACAGUUUGUUUUACAGGUAGCACUUUACUACAGUUUACUUUUAUACAGAUUAUCAGAAAUAUAGAUAUUAUCAAGUUGUAUGUAAUACAUAUGUAGAGUAUACAAAAAGUCAUAAUGAUCAAUCAUUAUUCCAUAAACCUAUAUCUCAAGUUUGCCAGUGUAGUCAUAACCACAUUUAACUAUUUUAUGCCGGGAUUAUAUUUGAAUGUAUGAUAAUAUCUUUGAUAUGUAUUGAUUCAUAUAAUAAUACAUUAUUGUUUCUGAUAAUAUUUUACUUGGUUGUCAAAGUUGACAGUUCUUGGUGUAAGACAAUGUAAAUGUAUUUUGUAUGGCAGUUGUUUAUUGAGAGGAAGCAAAUCAGAGUACCUUUAUGUUAUACGGUGAUUUUAAAUACUAAUUAACUAUCCUGUCCGACUCAAGACAAACCUUCAACACAGAUCUCAUUCCAGAACUUAUGCAUGAUUGAACAAUGCUUAUCACCAUAGUUAUGUGUCACUGUAGUUCUUGUAUUUAUUUUGUCCCUAUGGUAAAAAAGUGUUAAUUAUUUUCAGUUCAAAAUCCUACAUCAUGAAAUUGUCCAGAUGAUGAUUAACUCUUCAUUUAAAGAUUUAGAAAUUGGAGACCUUUGGUGAUAUAAAGACCUGAGAGACAAAAUUAGAAUAUUCAGAAUUUUUUGUGAGGCAUAACGUUCUGAUAUUGUAUCCUUUUGAUGUCCAUUGUUUUCAUUCUACCAAUUUUCUUCAGUGACAACAUUUUACAAUACAAUGGUAUGAUUAAAACUUAAUAAACUAAAUAAUAAUUAUAAAUGUGACAUUAAGUGAUAAAUAAAAUCAUUAUUGUACACACUUAGAGGUACAACUGAUUUCAAAAAGUUUUACGUGUAAAGUUCUGUACAUAUCGUCUAUGACUCUGCUUGAACAGGGGCAAGGAAAAAUCCCAAAUACUUUUGAUAGGUGUACCAUGGUCACAAGACAUUACUGGAGUAUUUCAGAGUGCUGAAAUAUGAGGGAUAUCAUCAAGUUGUACUCUGUUUCAAAAAAUGUAUUUACAAAUAUUAUAUUUUUAGUUUUGUUUGAAAUAUGGUUUGUAUUAUUUUGACUUGAUUGGUUGUGAAUGUAAAAUAUGUUCCCCAUAUUUACAUUGUCCAGCAAUGUUGGGUUCAUUUUUUAUAGCAAUUUUUCUUUUAAAGAUCACAUGCAAAACUUUGGAUGGAAAAUCUGACAUGCAUGUUUAUAAUACAACUUUGUAUCGCUCUGUAUAUUGUUUUUACAGUAUGAAGUUUUGUUCUAAUUGUGCAUCAUUCCUAUUUGCUUAUUUUGCCAAAAUACCAACUUGUCCAUAUCUGGUCUUACUUCUGUAAUGCAGCCUAUUUCCCUUUUGCUGUGGAGAGUUAUAAAUAGCAUCAUGUACAGAGAUACAGCUGUAAGGUAACAAUGAUGGCAUGUCAGGUAACCAGAUAGAGAGAAUAUUAGAUGGUGUCAUUUAUUGAUGACAAAUAACUUUCAGGAGUCUUGACUAAUAUUUCAAAAUAAUUUGCACACUUGUAAAUUUAUUACUGAAUAUAUAAUCAAACAUGCAGUUGUUCAUUUUGAUCACCUGCAAAAUCCUUAUAAGAGAAGAUGAAUUUUUUCUUUGAAUGCACAUACAAUUAUGUACUUUUGUAUCAAGCUUUCUGAUUGGUUAAUUGUAUGUAUGGUCAUUUGUGCUCCCCGUUUUCAUUGGUGUUUAGCAGUAACAGCAGGUUUACCAAAACCUGAACAUUUUUCUAUAUUUCAUUGGGAAAAUAUAAAAAUAGUGGUGUUUCAAUUGAUUUAGUGAAGGAAUAUCCCAAACACAAUUUACAUGUGUCAUCCUGAAUCUUAAACAAAACUUUCAUGUCAUCUUUUACACAUUGAUUUACCGUCCAGAUUUAUUUCCAUCUGUUCAUUUUUGAGGAUAUUUACAUUCCAUGGUUAUUUUAUCAGAUUUUUGCCACUGUAUAUCACCUAAUCUUGUUUUGAUAAUAUGUCCAACAUUGACAAACAGGUUUGGCAGUGAUGAAAUGAAAUGUUCUUUAGGUUGGUAAGUGUUAAUGUGAAUAGACUGUGGUAUAGGAUUUAAGUGUGACAUUUCGGUGACUGACCAGUUAUAGACUUUGGUGACUGACCAGUAAUAGACUUUGGUGACUUGACGUUUUGGUGACUGACCAGUUAUAGACUUUGUUGACUGACCAGUAAUAGACUUUGGUGACUGACCAGUAAUUGACUUUGGUGUAGGAUUUAAGUGUGACGUUUAGGUGACUGACCAGUAAUAGACUUUGGUGUAGGAUUUAAGUGUGACGUUUUCGUGACUGACCAGUAAUUGACUUUGGUGUAGGAUUUAAGUGUGACGUUUUCGUGACUGACCAGUAAUCGACUUUGGUGUAGGAUUUAAGUGUGACGUUUAGGUGACUGACCAGUAAUUGACUUUGGUGUAGGAUUUAAGUGUGACGUUUAGGUGACUGACCAGUAAUUGACUUUGGUGUAGGAUUUAAGUGUGACAUUUAGGUGACUGACCAGUAACAGACUUUGGUGACUGACCAGUAACAGACUUUGGUGUAGGAUUUAAGUGUGACGUUUAGGUGACUGACCAGUAACAGACUUUGGUGACUGACCAGUAACAGACUUUGGUGUAGGAUUUAAGUGUGACGUUUAGGUGACUGACCAGUAACAGACUUUGGUGACUGACCAGUAACAGACUUUGGUGUAGGAUUUAAGUGUGACGUUUUCGUGACUGACCAGUAAUUGACUUUGGUGUAGGAUUUAAGUGUGACGUUUAGGUGACUGACCAGUAACAGACUUUGAUUUACAUGCCAUGAAAAAAAGAAAGACUUGUACACUGUUUACCAGUUUAAACAAAAUUACAACUUGGUGUGUAUACCCUGCACUUGUCAUUUUACUGAUGAAGAUGAUAGUUUCUGAUGAAGAUGAUAGUUUCUGAUGAAGAUGAUAGUGUAGUCUUAGAAACAUCACACUUCCAAUAAACAUUUUACCUAGUUGAAAUAACUAAAGGCUUUAUUUAGGCUAUGCAAUUCGUACGUGACGAGGUGAUAUUCUACAUAAAAUUUUACAGAAUUUUGUAGUUAACUAGAAUUUUAGAUUUAAUGGUUUUGGACAGUUAUUAUACUCACAGUUAGUGCCUUUGUUUAUUAAGAUAGGAAACCUCUGCCUUAGCUACCAAUAAAUUGAUUAGAGUUUUAGCUACAGUGCCUUCUGUGUAGGUUAAAGUCAUUGUAGGUUCGGUAGUGUUUCAGGGUUCUCUACAAUGUGUGAUUAUUAAUUGAUUUUGAUACUUUGCUAUCACUAUAAUAUGAUAGAUAUUCUGUUUUACAAGCACUAAAUUAAUUGUCAGAAAAAACACCAUAUGAGGAAUUUUCUACAUACUGUUAAUGCAAUAUAAAGAGAAAACUGGGGUUCCUCAUUCCGGAAAUACUGCAACUCUUCUUAAUUAUUGAUACUUGAGUAUUGUUACACGUAUAUAUUGUUACACGUAUAUAUUGCUUGUGAUAUAAAGGUUUCUGAACUGACGCCAGUCUCUAUACUAUUUUAUGACGAUGGUGAUUUUACAAGAAUUGCUCCAGGAAUGAGUAACAUGAUUAGGGUUUAAUGGUUUGAGAGGUUUCAGAGAGUGGCUGGUUUGUAUAACUGUUUAUGUUAUUUGUAAUCAUGACCAUUUCUAACAUUACCAUGCUUCAUGCAUGUCAUAUACUACGGUACAUAACAAUAAAAAUAUUAUUUUAUGAAAGAA